AAAGGAAUAUACUACACCUCUUGCAAAAACCUCUAUUAUUCUCUAAUAGCCAUAUUAAUCAUACAUUGAAAUUUGAAAUCCAUUCUUUAAUGGAAAACUCAACAAUGGGUAAUGAUUUUCUUACCACAAGUGAGGAGAAUUUCUUCAAGAAAAAGAAAACUCUCCCCAUUGAUACCAUAUUCAAGCUUCCUGUACCUAUAUCAAAUUCAUCUUGGCCUCCAGGUGGUGAUUUUGCAAGUGGAAUAAUUGAUCUAGGUGGGUUGCAAGUGUCUCAAAUAUCAACAUUCAACAAAGUUUGGGGCACCUAUGGUGGUGGACCUGACAAUAAAGGUUUCACCAUGUUUGAACCAUCAGGAAUACCGCAAGGUUUCUAUAUGUUGGGUAGCUACUGUCAACCCAACAACAAGCCUCUUUUUGGAUGGGUUCUUGUGGCAAAAGAUGUAUCUAAAAGUAUAAACAACUCCACUUUAAAGCAACCAAUUGAUUACACACUUAUAUGGAACAGUGCAUCAUUGAAGAUUAGUCAAGAUGGUCCCAUCUAUGUUUGGCUUCCAAUAUCACCUGAUGGGUACAAAGCUUUGGGCCAUGUUGUGAUGAUUUUUCUCCCAUGGAUCCUCGUGAUUUGA